AUGUUGCUCAAUACUCUCGUGGCAAGUUUGGCCAGUGGCCUCGUGCUCGGUGCCUUUGCCGGUCCUCUGUCCCAUGAUUAUGCUGGAGCAAAGACAAAGCGUGUAGUUCCUUCUUCGCACAGCCUUCACGAGCGUCACUUGCCUCACUGGGAGUCGCAAUGGACGAAGAGGUCCAAGGUGCCCGAUACUCAGAUCUUGCCUAUGCGCAUUGGCCUGAAGCAGUCCAACCUUGAAGAAGGUCAUGACAAACUCAUGGAUCUCUCGACUCCGGGAUCUUCCAAUUACGGAAAUCAUAUGACUGCGGAAGAAGUUGUUGACUUCUUCGCUCCACAACAGUCUACUACCGAUGCCGUCACUGAAUGGCUUGUUUCAUCCGGAAUCAGCCCUGACCGCUUUGCGCUAUCUGUAAAUAAACAGUGGAUCCAAUUCGAUGCAACAGCCGCCGAAGUCGAAGAGCUACUCUUUGCCGAGUACUACGUCUGGGAUCACCUAUCUGGGAGUCAUGAUAUUUCAAGCGAAGGAUAUCAUCUUCCUACCCAUAUCCGGGAGCACAUUGACUAUGUGACUCCCGGUACCAGACUCCGGCCCAGAAACGUCAAGAAUAAACGGGCUGCGAAUUUCAACAAACCGCAACCGAUGAUUACAAAGCUUCCUGGGUUUCCGUUCCCCAAUUCCAGUACCUGUGAUACAUAUGUUACGGCUGAAUGCACGAGAGUCCAGUACGGCAUUCCAAAUGCCACCACUGCUGCUCCUGGGAACGAGCUCGGGAUUUAUGAGAGUCUUGACGUUCACUAUAGUAGGAAGGACCUCGACAUUUUCUACAGCACUCUCUACCCUAAUAUACCUAACGGCACCUAUCCCGAGGAGCGUCUGAUUGAUGGGGCUAUCGGAGCAACUGAAGACACAACCGAAUAUGUGCCCACUGAUCUAGAGGCUCCCUUGGAUUUUGACUCUUCAUCGCCACUCAUCUAUCCCCAGGGACUUGUGCUAUUUCAAGAAGACGAUGAAUAUUAUGAGUCAACAGGAGCCUUCAAUGGUUUCUGGAACACGUUCCUUGAUGCUAUAGACGGAAGUUACUGCACCUAUAGCGCAUUCGGUGAGACCGGUGACUGUACCGCUGAGGAGUGUUUUGAUCCUUCAUAUCCCGACCCCAACCCAGGUGGCUACACAGGUCAAUUACAAUGCGGCGUCUAUAAGCCCACAAACGUUAUUUCAAUAUCAUACGGAGCAGGCGAGUACGGGUGGCCUGACUAUUAUAUGAAACGACAAUGCAACGAAUGGAUGAAGCUGGCUCUGCAAGGCACGACUAUUGUUAUGUCUUCCGGCGAUGCUGGUGUCGGGGGCGCUACAUGUCUCGGUGAUUCUGGCAAGAUCUUCGAAGUCGACUUCGCAUCCUCGUGCCCAUAUGUCCUCUCUGUCGGCAGUACGGAGUGGGAUAGUUUCGAUAAUACAACUACUCCAACACCAGGUAAAAAGCUGAAUGAGGUUGCGACCAAGCGUUUCCCGAGCGGAGGUGGCUUCUCCAACGUUUUCGGUGUCCCAGACUACCAACGCGAUGCCGUUUCUGCGUACUUUGAUCAGGUUGAGUCUACCCUAGGUUUCGACGGAUACCAUCAUUUUGUUACAGACGGAAAUUUUAGCAGUGUUACGGGCGGUGUGUAUCAUCAUGGAGGACGUGCCUACCCUGAUGUAGGGGCUGUGGGUGAUCGUCAGGUUGUGUAUAACAAUGGGUCAUGGUGGCUCGUGGGUGGAACUUCGUUGUCUGCGCCUGUGUUCGGUGCGGUCUUGACUCUUGCCAACGAAGCUCGCAUUGCGGCUGGCAAGAGCACUGUAGGAUUCAUACAUCCUGUACUCUAUCAACACCCCGAGGCUUUUAACGAUAUCACAGUCGGUAGUAACCCUGGAUGCGGCUCGACUGGUUUCCCUGCUGCCAAGGGCUGGGAUCCGGUUACAGGACUUGGUACCCCAAACUUUCCGGUUCUGCUGAAAGUUUUGAUGGGAUUGUAG